GGCGCGCGCGCUGUCUUAGUGCCGCUGUGUGGCGGGCCGACUUUGGCGCGAUGUUUCUUUCAACACCCGGUUCGUCUCAUACUCCAAGCGGCGGGUCAGGCCGCAGAAGCCUCCGGCCAGGAGGUAGGAAGAGCCAGGCGUUGGUGACCUCGUCCGUCAGUUCCCCGGUGCUCUUCUCGCCCGCAACCAGGAGGAACGUCGGUUCUCUGUCUGCGCGAUGUACACCAACAAAAGUUGUACAUCAUCCAACGGGAAGUGAAAUCAUUAAUUAUGAUGUGAGAAAGUUUGGUUCACCUUUGCCAGUAAAGGUUAUGGAGGCUUUGAGAAUGGCUGAUGCUGAGGACCAGUUAAGUGUGCAACUAGAUGAAAGUGGCUGGGCUUGGUUAGUAUACAGAGACAGAUUGAUUAUUUGGAAGAUUGGUCUAUCACCAGUUACUAAGCUGUCUGGGUGUAAAGAACUGCAGUUGCCUCCCAGUGAUUAUAUGUGGAGCUCAGGCUUAGUAGCAAUAUCUUAUCUUAACAGCCCCGGUGAAGCACACUCUUUACAGUCUUUGUCAGUAAUGGUUGCCACAAGUGAAGGAUCAAUACGCUAUUGGCCAAGUCUUGCCCAGGAAAGUUCAUAUACUGAGACAUAUACCGAUUUUGGAGGUGCUCUGUGCAGUUUUCUAACAGCUGUGAAGGGAGGAAGCUUCAUUUUAUCAUCUUCCAGGAGUCAUUUCAUCCGACUGACGCCAGACAAUAGUGGCAAGAUUCAUCAGCGUAGCCUACCUCAAGGGCAAGGCAUGUUUUCUGGGAUAGGACGGAGAGUUUCUUCUUUGCUGGGGAUUUUGUCUCCCAGUAAUGAUGCAGCACUUUCUAGUGUUCUUUUGGACAAAAAUGGUUCAAGAUUUUAUGCAGUGACAAGCUCAAAUCUUCACAAAUGGGAAAUAGAUGAUACUACAGAACGCCAUGUUCUGAGUUGGGAUAUGAAUAGAAUACUUAAAGAAAGCAUCAUGGAAUCAAUAUGGGGAUCUGAAAGUAACUAUGAAGACAUUAAAGGAGAUAUUAACGUGCAAUAUUUGGAUCUUCAGCAAAAUCAUGAUGGACUGGUGAUUUUGGCUGCAGCCUGGCAUCUUGGUGACACUCCAUGUCUCAUUUACUAUACUUUGGUAACAGUAGAGGAUAACAGUUACCCCACAAUUGACAACAUUACUGUGGAGGUCACCCAGUAUAACCCACCUUUUCAGCCAGAAGAACAGAUGUGUCAUUUAAUAGUCCCAGAUUUCUCCAACCAUGCUGCCUGUCUUUACACAGAAGAUGAGGUAUUUGCUUGCUCAACUGGAACAGGAAGAACCCCCUUGCCACAGGAGAAAAUUAUUUUCAGUGCACAAGGUGAUAGAAUUUUAGGAGCAGGUUCCUCUACGGGACUCCCAAUUUUUUUUGCUAGAAAAAGUGGACUUGUGGCCAUAUAUUCAAGGGAAACCAUUUCUGUGCUUCCUGAAGAUGUUGAGGAUUCGUUAACCUCCUCUGUAGUGGAUCCAAAUGAUGAGAGUAUUCCUUUUGAUACUGUUUCCAGGUUGGAUAUUAUAGCACAAGAGGAUAAAACUAAAAUAUUAAAAUCUGCAUUCUUACAGUUUUGCAGACGUGAUGUGAAGGGUGCACAAGCUAUAGUUGCAGAGCUCUUUCCCAUACAAGCAGAUCUGGGUGCUAAUAUUGACCUGGAUAUGGCUGUAAUGCAAAUCAGUGAGAAUUUGGUGGAUGAUUACCCUACAUCUGACCCACGGUGGGCUGAAUCAGUACCUGAAGAAGGUGUUAGUUUCAACAACCAGUCCAUCAUUCUGCUUCGCCAGCUGGAAAACAAGUCACAAGCACAUUCUCUAUUUAUUGACUUUCUUCGUCAGGUGGGUCUAUUUGGACAUCUGGACCGUGUUCAUGUAAGAGGCUUGCCAAUGGCAACUCGAUGGUUACUCUGUGAACAUGCAGAAAAGUUAGCAGCAGCCAUUGUUCUCAAAAACUAUCACUCCAGAUUGCCAGAAGUUGUGAAUGCUGCAAUUCGGAUUGCUUUAAACAAAAAAGAAGAUGAUGUCCCAUCAAAUCUGACACCCGCAGAUGUUUUCUUCAGAGAGGUAUCGCAGAUUGAUACAAUUUUUGAAUGCUUGCUGGAAAAGGAAAAACAGGUCUUGAAGGAUAUACCAGUUCAGUCUGAGGAAUGGGCUGAAAUAGUUAUCAAUGUAAACAAUAUUAUAAAGGAUAUACUACAAGCUGCAAUCCAAGAUCGUCAGUCUAAAGCCUCAUUAUAUAAAAUGAGAGAGCCCUCUGAAAUGGACCCUGAGUAUGUUCCAUGGACAGCGUCUGUUGGUGUGCGUACAGCAAUAGUCCAGCAACAUGAGAUCAUUCUGAAGAAGGUCUAUCCACAAGUUAACAGUAAGCUUCGUAGCACAGUGACAGAACAGCUGGUGGCACUAUUAGAUUGCUUUCUGGAUGGUUAUGUUUCUCAGCUUAAAUUUGUGGACCGGCCCGAGUAUCAGGAACGAUAUAACAGUUUGGAAAUGGAAUAUAUACAGAGAAGAUCAGAAUUACUGUCACCACUACUUGCACUCGGACAAUACCAGUUAGCUGCUGCUCUGGCAGAAAAAUAUUGUGACUUUGAUAUUUUGGUGCAAAUGUGUGAGCAGACUGAUAACCAGCCUAGAUUACAGCGUUACAUGACCCAGUUCGCUGAUCAGAAUUUUUCAGAUUUCCUUUUCCGUUGGUAUUUGGAGAAAGGGAAACGAGGGAAACUGUUAUCACAGCCCAUUGCUCAGCACGGCCAGUUGGCCAGCUUCCUACAAUCUCAUGAACAUCUGAGUUGGCUACAUGACAUCAACAGUAAUGAUUUGGAAAAGGCUCACCGAACACUACAGAAUUUAGCAAAUAUAGAAACGCGGUACUUUGUGAAGAAGAAAACUCUUCUUGGCUUAAGUAAAUUAUCGAUGCUGGCUUCGGAUUUAUCAGAUGUGAUAGUAAAUGAGAAAAUUGACGAAAUUACUGAGCAAGAGCGCUUUCUGCUGCACCAAGAAACAUUACCUGAGCUGUUGCUGGCUGAGAAAAAAUUAAAUCUCAAUGAAAUGCCUGUGUUAAGUGCCCCCCAACUGAUUGAGUUAUAUAUAUGUGAUGAGAACAGGAGGGCUAAUGAAUAUGACUUCAAGAAAGCACUUGAUCUUCUGGAGUACCUUAAUGAGGAUGAGCAAGUGGACGUAAAUUAUCUUAAACUUAAAAUACUUUGCAAAGCUCUGCUGAGAGAUGAUUGGUCCAGUUCAGAAGGCAAAGAUGAUCCAAUUGAAGCAUCUAAAGACAGCAUAUUUGUGAAAAUAAUACAAAAGUUGUUAAAAGAAGGAGUGCAGCUCAGCGAAUAUCUGCCGGAGGUAGAAGAUUUGCUACAAGCGGAUGAACUUGGACACUUAAAAUCCAGUGCUUAUUUUGAAUUCAUACUGAAAGCAAAUUAUGAGCUUUAUGUUUACAGGCAGGCAUAACAUAAUUUUGAAUCUUAGAAGUUGUUUCUAAAGAAUUUUUUUACUUUGUGUAAUAUUUUCUUAAAGUGUGUAUGCUAAAUAAGAAUGUCUAACCUAGACAGUCAUGGCUGACCUAGGAUGCUGAUCUUUUAACACAGUGUACUGUUAUUUGCAAUAAAGUAUUUACUCAAGAACA